CAAAUUGGAAAGCAUUGCUGAAGAAGCAAGCAAAGCAAAUCAUCGAUGGAGUGAGUGGGAGAAACUGGCGCCAAAAUUCUUCUUCUGCUUCUUCUCAACAUUGCAACCAACAGUUCCACCGCACGCUUUUCACAUUUCUCCAUUCUCAGUUUGAAAUGGCUUGGUUACGCUUGGAUAAUCGUUGCGAUUCUGAAUCUGUCGCUUCACUUCCAUGGCUUUGGUCCAUUCAACAUGCUGCAAGCUGCAAGGAAAUGGACGUGACUACUUUACAGAGUUUGGUUGAUGUAGCCCUUGUUGGGGAAGAUGGUUUCUGUGAAAAGACAAGGGAAUUGAUUUCUCUGAGAUGUUUGGAGGCAAUGUUUGAUCCUGAUUCAGCUCAUAGAGUUGAUUGUGAUGAUGCUGCUGCAACUAGCCUGGAUUCGAGAGUUCGGUUUGCUUUUUCGACAACUUGUGGAGAUGUCCUUCGACAGAUAGUGGGCGAGGUACCAGUGUCAAAUAUAAUAAAAGAUCGAGUUAAGCUUUUGAAAUGGGAUGUUUCCCAGUUUAUUUUGCAUAAAAGAGCUGUUCUCAAAUGUGACUUAGUGCAGCUGAAAGAAUCAAUCCUUGAUGGUACUCAUCCAAAUGCUGAUUGUUUAAGAGAAGCUGGGCGAUUGCAACCUCAGAAUGGGGGAUGUCAAGUGCAUCUCAAUGACAAUGCACACUGUGAUCUUUCGAAAAAAGAUGAUGGGAACAGCACUUAUCAUGCAAACAAGGAAGUAAAAGAGAACUCAAUAACUACAAUGUUAGACAAAGUGACUAAACAAUGGAAAGAGUUACUUGAAAAGAUUAAAUCUUGCAAGAGGAACCAGGUUGAGUCAGUUAAUGGUAAUGAGCACAUGACAGACUGCCAACAAGGAAAGCAAGUUGAUAUCAGUGAAUGGCAUGUUUUCCAAGGAAGUGCAAAGAAGAUUAGACAUAAUGAAUCUUUAAAUGUUGAGUCCAACAAAGAGAAGCCAAUCUCUCAUGGAGUGGGUAGGUAUGAUAGGUGGUUUGCUUCCAAGCAAUUAGACUCGAGAAGCCACAAUGAGGUCCUUCAUCAUGAGCCACAAAUUCCCUUUAGUGCUACAAUGAGUCUUCAGCAUAAAUCUGGAGAUGAAUGCAAUCAGGAACAGGAAGAUGAACCUAUUCUAACAAAAGUUUUGCCUGCAACUGGAAUCCUUCAUGGAAACGAAAAUGAUACUGCUCAUGAAGUUCCAAAUGUAAUUGGUGAGUCAGAGUCUAAAAGAACGGAAGUUCCUCAAGUGAGAGAACCAAAUGCUACUGAUGACAAAGCUGUGGAACAUACUGUUAAUGGUUGUGUGAUAGAGGUAUCAAGUGAUGAAACAAUGGGAUCUGAUAAUGAUAUCUCAGAAAGUUCUAGUCUGAAAGAAACCAAUGGUUGUAUGAGGUGCAAAAAAGAUGGUAAAUUGCUGGUUUGUAGAACAACCACUUGUUCAACCAUGAUUCAUGCAAGCUGUCUGACAACAUCUCCUCAUUUUGAUGCAGAAGGGGACUUUUUCUGCCCAUAUUGUGUAUAUGCAAAAUCUAUUUCAAUAUAUAUUGAAGCUAAGACAAAGUUUUUCUUGGCAAGACAAGGACUAGAGAGGUUCAUUUGCAAUGAUGUAUGGAAGGUAUCAUAACACAUUAACACUACUUAGUGAAGUUAGUAGAAAAGAACAUAGUCUUUCAAGUGAAAGAAAAAGAGGAAGUCAUAGACCUGUGCAGAUAGAUUACCUUUUGAGCGUUUUGGAGUAAGUUCAGGUUGGGGUCUUAAAGUGUUUUGCUCGAUGCUUAAUUGCUUAUAAUCUUGUUCAAUACAUAUACAUUGACCAAGCACAUUUACUCUUUCUUGUAACAGUGUUUAUUAUGAGAAAAAUAUAGCUGU